AUGGUUGAAACUGGUGAAAAGGUUUCGUCUUCACCAUCUUACGAACGCAAAGACUUAGAAUUUUUCAAGGUUUUUCUCCCUGAAUUUAGUUCUCGCGAACUGGUAAUACCACCAGCAUUCAUCGAUAUCUUAGAGAAACCAUUACCUAAUGAAGUUUCAUUACUCGAUGAGAUCGGAAGAUUAUGGUAUCUAGAGACAAAAACACAAGACACGGAAGAAAGAUCUCGUGUAGUUUUCCAAAAAGGUUGGAAGAAUUUCGUUGAAGAUCAAUCUCUUGAAUUUGGAGACUUUCUAGUGUUUUGUUACGACGGAGAUUCGAGAUUUUCCGUUACGGUUUUCGCUAAUGACGGGAUUAAAAAAGAUCUUGGUACUAUCGUCACAAACACGGAGAGAUCUAGGGUUUCUGUUGAGAAAGAGAAAGAACCGGUUGUAGUUAAACCGGUUGAUAGUUUUACCAAACCGGAACGUAGUAAAGAUUGUGGCAAGAAGCGGAAACGGAAACAAGAUUCGGUUAAGGAAGAGCCUAUUGAUUUGGUUGAGAGUGAAGCGGAGUAUAUUUCAACUAGCAAAACCAAACCGGAACAUCGAGAAGUUAACCGGGAUGGAGAUCCUUGUGAGAAGAAACAAAAACGAUUUGAAAAACCGAAGAAUCCGCACUUUCUGAGGAAUAUUACAAAUAGUGUACUUCAGAGACUGGAAAUACCGAUAACGUUUCUGAAAUCGAACGGGAUCGAACUGGAGAAAGAUAUCGAGCUUUGCGAUGAAAAUGGAAAGAAGUGGCCAAUGAAGAUUGUGAAUUGCCAUAGAGGACUCAGGUUCUCAUCUGAAUCAUGGUUGUGUUUCUGUAGAAGCCAUAAGUUGAUGAAGACCAAUAAGCUUUUAUUUGAGUUUAUUGUCCCAAGUAAUGGGAGAUGCAACGAGAUUCUAGUUCGUUUUGUCAGUGGGAGAUUGCUUACUACUAUGACCAAAAGUAAAUACCAAGUUCUUGCUAUGUUGUAA